CUGCUGUCCCGCGCAGGCGCGGCUCGGGAGCUGCCGGCGGCGGCGAUGGGCGGACGCCUGGCCCGCGUGUUUCGCACUUUCAACGUGGAGAGCCGGGCCCGCCGCGAGAUCAGCAGGGAGAAGCCCAGGCCCGCGCCGCGGCACCCCACCUCCCGGCGGGACGAGAUGCCCGACCACCCCGGCAUAAAAGAAGAAAUUUACCGGAAGGACGAUAGGCUCCUCGCCUUGUUAAAAGAUGUUUAUGUCCAGUCCAGAGAUUCACCUGUGCGGGUAAAAGAUGGAGGUGGUGAACAUCUUCCACAUAAACAGGAGGAAAAGAGACUUACAAAACUAGGCCACUUGGGAGAUGCAGAUAUUAAGAAAGUUUCCAAAGGCAAAAUUUCCACUGUGGAGGCUCUGACACUUCUUAAUAAUCAUAAACUUAAUCCUCAAAUAUGGACUGCAGAGAAAAUAGCAGUGGAAUACAGUCUGGAACUGAAGGAUGUCAACUCUCUUCUGGAAUUCUUCAUUCCUUUCACUGUGAAGGAAUUUCCUAAAGAAACCAAAAAAGUUAUAAAGUCAACAUAAAAAUAAUUACCAAAA